AUGGCAUUAUCGGAAGUCUUAGGUUCCCUCUGGGCAUGCAGAGGACUCGCUACUGCACUGUUUGGCGCUUACUGGGUCUUGUGGAUUGCAUAUGCCCGCACCUUUCAUCCCUAUGCCAGAUACCCGGGUCCAUUCCUGGCAUCGAUAUCUCGCUUGUGGAUAGUGAUGGAGAUUUUCCAAGGGCGAGCGCACCGGACGCAGGCCGAACUCCACAAGAAAUACGGUCCAAUCAUACGCAUUGCCCCGAACGAAGUGGCCAUUUCGGAUCCCGCAUCUAUCAAGGAGAUCUACUCGAUCAAUUCCGGAUUCACAAAGACGGACUUCUAUACGCCCUGGAGAGCUUCCUUUGCUCGUUUCCCCGACCAUUUCACAUCGACAGACGAAGAGCUGCACGGACAACGAAGGAAAAUCGUAAACAACAUCUACUCCAUGAGCAGCAUUGUGAAGUCCGAGCCCUUAAUAGACACAUGCACCGAGCUCUUCAUGACAAGAAUGGGAGUAUUCUCCAAGCAACGCCAGCUCGUCGAUCUUGCUACAUGGGUACAGUGGUACGCCUUUGAUGUGAUCGGCGAGCUCUACUUUAGCUCGAUGUUCGGAUUCAUGGCACAGUGCAGUGAUGUUCAUGACUACAUUGGCUCCUUGGAUACUCUCCUCCCUGUCUUAUGCGCUGCGAGUGUGAUGCCUACGUACGUGCGGGCCCCCUUCCUCGCCUCUGGUUUACUGCUUGGCUCGGUGCGGAAGGCGCUUAAGGCGCUGGGGAGUAUCGAGGACGCUGCGGCAAGCUGUGUUCGAGAAAGGCUACAGUCAGAGGGGAAACCAGAUGGUGCAAGGGAAGACAUCCUCGGUAAAUUGCUCGGCAUCCAUGACAGCAAGGGCGAUCAGCACAAUUUCAACCUGACAGACGUGCAAACCGAAGUAUUCAGUGGACUCUUCGCCGGAAGUGACACCACAGCCGCGGCCCUCUCCUCCAUCAUCUACCACCUCAUGGCCAACCCACACGCCUACGCUAAGCUCAGAGACGAGAUAGACGAGGCAUCGGCCGCUGGAAAGCUCAGUUACCCACGUAUAAAAUACGCCGAAGCAACCCAACUACCCUACCUCAUCGCAUGCUGCAAGGAGGGGAUGCGCAUGCACCCUAGCGUGGGGCUAACGCUGCCGAGGAUUGUUCCGUCGGGGGGAUGCCAGAUUGCAGGACACUGGUUUCCCGGCGGUCUGCGUGUUGGUAUUAAUGCCUCUGUCGUCCAUCUCGAUGAGACCAUCUUUGGUGAGGAUGCCGACGAGUACAACCCGGAUCGAUGGUUCCGCGAGGACGCGGUUAACAUGGAUAGAUAUAUGUUUCAGUUCGGCGGAGGUUCGCGUACAUGCAUCGGCAAGAAUAUUUCACUAUGCGAGAUCCAUAAGCUGGUUCCAGAGCUUCUCCGGUCGUAUGACCUAGAGAUGGCCAGCCCUGAGAAGGGAUUUCGAACGAUGAAUCAUUGGUUUAACAAGCCUCUGCCCUUAUAUGUUCACAUUAGGAAGCGUGGAUCUGACGGAGGUGUUUGAUUUUGACAGUAUCCAUGUGAAGGUAUUUUGUUGUUCUCUUCUUAGUUGGAAUGCUAUCAGUCAAUCCGCGGGAAUACGUCAAUGCUGCAUACUCUCUGCCGCACAACCUUUUGAACGGAAUGCUAGUGGCGUUUAUCAAAGGUCCCUGAACCCGAGGUGAACAAAAAAUACAAACAUCCAUUACAAUCCCCAACUCCUGUGUCCUAUAAUGAGAAGCAAUCUAUAUCCCACCCCCAGCCACCAUCCACCCCAUCAGCGCAAGCCACCCUCCAGCAACAGCAAUGGUCAAAACAAUCGCCCCAGCCCGAUCCCCAGUGGUAAUCGUCGGCAACUCCCCGGCCCCCUCACUCUUAUCCGCCGUCCCCGCAGACGGAUCACUUGAACUAUUCCCGCCCGUCGUCGAGGUAACAGGCGCCGAGACAUUGUCCUGCAUAAUAAGCACAGAGCUCAACACAUCCGUUGCAAUGAUCUGCUCCUCCAUACCAACCCACCCAUCCCACUUGGACUCGUACCACCGCACACCGCAGGUAUUGUUGCUCAUCCCGCUGCAUGAUUUGGCCGCGGCCUCUGCGGAGCCUUGGAGUUUUGUGAGGAUGGUGUCGUACGUGCUGGGCACGAGGAGGGCUGUGAAGCCGAGCCAGCCAGAGACGAGUCCGCGGAAGAGGAUCUCGUUGUUGUUACAGGCUUCAUUUGGUUCGCAGAUUUCUUGCAUGAUGUUGCCGCCGUAUUUUGUGGGGAAGAAGCCGUCGAUUAGGGCGCCGAGGAGGCCAUCCACGGCCGUUUUCCAGGUUGCUUUUUCG